UCGGGUAGGGACUGUAAGUCUCAAUCCUUGGUCCCUCUUCCCCAUAUCGCUGAAAACAGGCGUAUUUUUACCUUCAAGGAUUUCAAUACGACGGGACUCUUCUUCCCCUGCGUCAGUAUGACGGCUCGGGCUAGCGCUCGAUUCGUUUUGGGUGGUACACAUGGGAAAUUAAAGCACGGACCUCCGGCCGGCUAUGCUCCAAUCAUAGAUGCGUUGCAGCCCUCACAACGAUUGCGACUUGAACCCGUCUUCUCCUUCGGUCGGUUGGAUAAGUCGAUAUUUUCGGGACCGUUAGCGUCUCCAUUGCCUUCACAAGAUGUCUUCGUGCCCGUGCCUAUUAGUACUGAUAAGGUGGGCGUCUCAAUGAAGCCUUUUGAAACGUUUUUCACGAUAAAAGCUACUUGUCUUCUGUCUCAGAUUCUCCUUCCCAACGUUGUGGAACGUAUCCGGGACAAGUUGGCUGAAAAUCUGCACGAGUUGUGGUCAAUGCGGAAGAUCGAACAGGGAUGGGCGUUUGGCGAGGUACUGUCGGAUCUUUUGCAUCCAUUCAAGGGAGUCGACGCUGGCAACGUAGAUUACAACGGCAGGAGGUUGGAAAAAAACUGUCGACAGCAAUCUACCCUCCCUUUUCGUAUCUUUCAGCGUCGCGACGAAGCACGACGUCGUCAUCCCUGUUUGUGUGCUUUCGACAAGUUGCAACAACAGGAGCGUCAGUACAACGUGACAAUGGCACUGGAAAAUCUGAAGACUAUCUUUGCUCUGCGAUACAAUAUUGGAUACGAGAGUCUGCCCGAGGGCACACGUAUGAAGACAAUCAAGCUGAGCGCAUCGUACACACAGUCGAACGGAUACAAACCACAGCCCUUGGAUCUCUCAGCCAUUCGACUCUCCUCCCGUUUGGAGACCCUCGUCGAUGAGUUGGCAGAGAAUACGCACAACAUCUGGGCGAAGGAUCGCAUUCAUCAGGGUUGGACGUAUGGAUCUACGGAGGACAACACCCAGAAACGCAGCCCUCAUCUGGUCCCCUACUCGGAGGUGAAUGCAACUAUCAAGAAGAUGAACAGGGAAUCCGCUACCGAUGCUGUCAAAACCCUGCUCGCCUACGGCUACGUCAUUGAACCUGUCUCUGGCGAAUCUGAACAGAGUACGUCCGCUGUGUCUUCACUAUCGCCUUCACGUUUUUCGUUGACAAGCAAUUCUCGAGAAAAUCCAUUGGACGUGUUGGAGGAGGCGACGAUGAAUUAUCGCGCAGCCUCCUCCAAAGCUGUUACCAGAGGCAAAUGGUACUAUGAGGUGGAACUUCUCACCUACGGUAUGGUCCGUGUCGGAUGGGCUACCAAAAACGCUCCCGCUGCCACCACAAUCGGUAUGAGUGGCUCAUCCUACUCAUUCGCUCCUGAACAGGCUCGCAAGUACCAUCGUGAUGGACGACCUUAUGGAAAGCGCUGUGAACCUGGCGAUGUCAUUGGAUGCAUGCUGAACCUCAACGAGCGGUCUAUAACUUUCUCACUGAAUGGUGAGAUUAUGAUGGACCCGCUAGGUCAAGAGAUUGCAUUCAAAGACAUAAAGGUCAAUUACGGAUUUGUGCCGGCUUUUACGUUGGGAUCUGGACAACAGGUUCGCAUAAACUUCGGCAAUGUUGUUCAAACUCUCAAAUAUUUUACCAUCUGUGGUCUUCAAGAGGGCUAUAGUCCAUUUGCUGUGAAUAUGAGCUAUCCGGUUCCAAUGUGGUAUAGCAAAGUGGAUGCUUCCCUGUUCCGUGACUUGAAACCGAAUCACAGUCGUCUGGAAACCAAGGUUUCCGGUGCAUAUCCUCCUGUGAUAAAUAUCUUGGCGAAAUCGCCAAGCCCAACUGGACUGCAUCAGAUGGAGUACUUGCGACUGAAUUUGGGCAUCCGAUGCAAGUCGCAAUUCACCUCACGGUCGCUGGUUGAUCGAAGAGCUCAUUUGGACCAUUUGCGAAAACAGCUUGAACCGGAGGACUAUCGUCACCAUGGAAUGGGCAUGGGAGGACCGGCCAAUAUCGACCUUAUGCCACAGGAAAUUGGAGCUGGGGGUCUGGAAGUUCGUGACAGACGCGGUAAAAGAGCUCGCCUGGCGAACGUUUUCAGGAAAACACGUCCGCGAGACGUCUCUCCCGACGUUACAGGUGGAUAUUCAGGUGCAGGAGGUGUAAGUUUGGUGAGUGGCAGUGCCAGCACUUCAGGCACAGUUGGAGGUAAGAAAACUGACCCCGCAACUCCCAGUCAAACCUCUGCAGGACCCCAUGAAGGCUCUCCUGGACCCUCGGGAGAGGAAUUUGAACUACUCCUUCCUGAGCAAUCUGCCUUGGACAACGCAAUCGCUGAUUUUAUGGACGAGUUUGCCUACACCGUACUGAUUCCUCCAGGCCAGAAUCCCUGCUUAGUAAAUGUUGGAUGGGUUGGCAGCUGCUUUAAGAUCUCCAAGCCCGCCUCCAUAAGUGGUGGCAACCCCUUCCCUGUGGAUCCUGAUUUUAACGUCACCCAACUUGCCACCUCUCCUGCUCCUUCUACUAAGCCGACUGCAGAGGGAGACACGACGAGUGUUGCGAGUGAAUCGAGUGCUUCUGAGAAGACUUCGACUUCGGGCAGUGGAAUAGAGAUGGACAAAUUAUUGAACUUUGCAGAAGUGCGACAAGUCGCUGUGUGUUUGCUGCAUGAUGACCUAACGCUAAAGUCGGCUGUAGCAGAGCGCUCCUCCUUCCUUGUCAAUGUGGGCGACUUGAUUCAAAAAAUCUCCACACCUGAAGACAUCGGAAAGCGGGUGAGCCAGGGCUUGGCGGUGACUUGUUGGGUGGACACCGCCUCCGGAACUCUCGGUUUUAGGCUAAACGACCGCGAUACCCUUAUUCGGUUCCAGGUUGAGCCUUCGACUCACCUCUUUGCUGCCGUCUUUGUUCGUCCAACGGCCCGUGACUGUGUCCAAUUUGAACUGGGUCGUCGUUCGCGCUACCACCUCCCACUGACUGCAGGCAUGCUGCGUCCCCCAAGACGCGCCAAUAUGCCAAUGCCGCAUCGACUCAAUGUUCAAGCUAUUGAGCGUGUCCACUGGGCGCCGGUACCGGGCGAACAGUCAAAGAUCCAAAGCAUGAAGAUGAGCGACCAAAGGGGUUGGAGCAUGCUAUUGGAGAAUAGUGCACCGCGCCUCGCCAUUCAACUGCCGGAGGCAAAUCGCUGCUUCUCCAUUCUAGAGUUGGAGGAAAUGCCAGAUCUCCUGAAGUUCCAUGCAAAAACUCUGGCUCUCUAUCGUGCCCUCUGUUGUCAUGGCAACCACAAUGUUGCGCAAAAACUGACCAGCCACGUUGAUCAGUACCAAUUCCUCUACGUGAUACAGUCAAAAUACGUUCACGGUUCAUUGCGUUCGGAGUUCGUCGAACUCCUUCUGGCCAUGCACUUGGAUAGCCCAAUGAAGCUGAAACAGGUUACAGGAAGGGAAUUCAUUGUCCCUCUUGAGAAGGAUGAUCUUGAUGUCAGCAAGUCCCCUGCCCACGUUCUUAAGAUCGUCUAUGACUGGGAUCCGGAUCACAUUCCUGCUGUAAAGGAGCACCGAAGCAUUCGACCGAAGCUAAUUACUGAUCCUUAUCUGCUAAUUCCUGGAGCCGAUGGAACAGGCGCGGGCAAUUUCGCGAUACCAUCAGGAAGUGGAGAGGCCCAACCGGAGGCUGUGCUGACCUCUGCCGUGGCUGCGGCGGGUGCUAGUGGACUUCUCAAACUCUCUGAUUGUCCUUCCUUUCCUUUGGAUCUUCUCAAGCGUCAGACGUUAGAUGCUUUGAUCGACAUGGCCAACACGGGCGGCCAUGUCCGAGAUCCAUAUGGAGGCAACUUUGAACACGCGUUGUUACCUCUGCUCCUGAUUCUCAAUCAUCUACUGGUGAUGGGUUCACUGGAUGCGGCAGAUUUGGCAACUGUUCUUGGACUCCUCAGUCCAAAACUCUUCCCCAACACACCUAGUUGGAGGGGUGCGGCAGUCUUUUCAAUAUUAAUGCUUUUAUUUUCGGGAGAAACUUUUUUUGCUAUGGUGACACCCAUAACUGGUAGCCUACUGAAAUUACCCCUGCCGGAAUCGGUUAAAAUGGAGGUGUGCCACCUGUUCCACCACCUCUGCGAUCUACAACUGCGUCAUCGCAUUGAAUCCAUUGUCAAUUUUGCCAACACUGCUGUCAGUGAAAUUCAAAAUGACCAGAUGCAGCGCUACUUGGCUAUCAAAGUGGCGAAUCUGCCAUCGGCAGUGGCAGCACCAAGAACGCGUGAGUUCCGCUGUCCACCGAAUGUGCAGAUUCGUAACCUCCUCCACAUGCCUGGUCCUGGUGGUCCAUCGGGUCUGCUUGACGAUGCUAGUUGCGCCGCUGCCUCCUCUGACAAUGACGCGAUUUCGCCACUGGAUUUGGCCGAUGCAUGUGAUGACCUAACUGGUGAUGGGUGCUCUAGGAACCCUUGUGCAGAAGAAAUUAAGGACCUCAUGCGUCUUUUCCAUCAUCGUUUAAUGAAUCAUCUUGGCGUAGUCAAACCCGAAAUCGAAGACACGUGGGACUACGAUGGAGCCAUUAAGUUGCUUCAGGAGGCUGCUGCGGCGGGUCUACAGCACAUUAUACCGCUAUCCAAUGCUGAUACUGCCGGUACACUAAACAACACUGCUAACAGUCUCACCGCCUCGGCGUUGGCAGAUGGCGCUCGGCAAAACACAGAUACCAACUCAUCCUCUCUUAACUCGGAAAAGUCACAGUCCGAGCUGACAGAACUCUUGAACAUUCCAACUCUCCUCCUUCCCGAGGGUGUCGGUGAUCCCGAAUCUGGAGCUUCAGGUCCGCCGACGGCUGUUAAGGCUAUAUGGAAUCUGGUCUCUGGUUCAAAUGGUACUGGAAGCGGUAGUGUCGAUAGUGGGAGUCGAACUUCUAGGCAGUUGGCUCUUGGUGGACCUGAGGAAUCGAAACAACACGGAAGAAAAUUGCAUCAGCUGAUCUUGGAGACUGUGAGCGAGUGGGCCAGUAGUUCAAUAAUUGAGAAUGUAGAGCUGAUUCGACAGAUGUUUUACCUCCUCUAUCGCCAGUAUGGGGCUCUUGAUGAGGCAAGUGAACUAUGUGAAAACACCACUGCAAGGGACAUAAUGAACAACAACGUCUUCUUCCAACACCCUGAUCUGAUCCGCGUCUUGGCAGUGCACGAGACCGUGAUGCAAUUGAUGGUGCACACACUCUCUAAGGCCUCUCUCGACUCACCUUCGGUAGCUGCCGCCGCCACUGCUGCUGCUGCUGCCGCCUCUACCGCCUCAGAGCUGCAGCACCAACAGCAACACCAAGGCUCGCAGUCACCGCACUCGACUGCCGAGGAUGCACUCUCGUUGCGUCGUCGUCAAGGCUCCGGAGGAGGAGCUGGUCUCCCUGCAUUGAUGGAGGAAGGAGAAGAAGCUACUCUAAGUGGUUCAAACCUGGGUCGAAAUGCCUCUGUCGGUCCCACUGAGAUGGUAGUUCAGUGCUGUCGUUUUCUUUGCUACUUUUGCCGCACCUCCUGGCAAAACCAGAAGGCCAUGUUUGAUCAUCUCAGCUACAUGCUGGAGAAUUCUUCAAUGCUACUAGCUCGUCCUAGUUUACGAGGCAUCUGUCCCCUGGAUGUAGCCUACUCCUCUUUGAUGGACAACAAUGAGUUGGCUUUGGCAUUGCGUGAGAAGCAGCUGGAAAAAGUGGCCGUUUAUUUGUCACGUUGUGGUGUCCAGUCAAACGCGGAGCUAUUGACCAAGGGAUAUCCGGAUAUUGGAUGGGAUCCUGUGGAGGGAGAACGUUUUCUCGACUUUUUGAGGUUCACUGUGUGGGUUAAUGGUGAAAGUGUGGAGGAGAAUGCGAAUCUGGUAGUUCGUCUCCUCAUUCGUCGUCCUGAGUGCCUAGGACCAGCUCUUCGCGGCGGCACCAAGUCGGUGUCGAGUCGUCGACAACGGCUCAACUCGCAAUCGGCCGGUCAUUCUGGUGUUGCAGGGAGUAGUGGCGGUGGCGGUGGUGGCGAGGCUAUUGAUCAGCUUGCUCCGCCUGGUAGCCCUGACGUCUCCGGUGGGGCAGGAGGCGGUACUGGGGCCGUCAACAGCGCCGGAAGCACUGCCGGUGGUGUUGGUGACGACACGCACUCCACCACUGCAUCGAACGCAAACGCUGCCUCAUCGUCAGCUGGUGGUGGUCUUCUGAAAGGCAUCAAAGAGGGAAUAGUGAUGUCCGCUCAAAUCAAGUUAGUCAAAAUGGCAAUGGACGCUGAGGCUCAGGGUUUGAACCCGGAGGAUGAGGACAUGGGAUGGAGAACGGUUCUAAUGGACUACGAAGACUGUAAUCUCUUCGCCCCAUUGCCCUACAACUUCAGCAACCUUCCGCCCGAGGAAGAUGAAGACUAUGUUGACCUGGGUGCUGCAAUACUCACCUUCUACUCAGUUUUGGUGGAUCUUUUGGGUCGUUGUGCUCCCGAAUUAGACGCUUCAAAAAGCGAAUCGGUGAGAGGCCGUGCAAUUCUACAAUCUCUUGUCUCGAUGCAGGAUCUGGAGGGAGUUCUCUCAUUACGGUUCAUACUUCCUCCACCCAAAUUGGAAAUGCAGAUAAAUGCCGAAGGUCUUGAGCAGUGGGUGGACAAAUCACCAAUGCCUCCAGGUCUCCUGCCUGAACACAAAGCGGCUGUCGUUCUCUUUAUGGAACGUGUUUACGGUCUUACUGACUCUGGCACAUUUGUUCGCCUCCUCGAAAAUGCUUUCCUCCCUGAUAUGCGCGCAGUCACGCUAUUGGAUUCUGCACAACGCGGCGUCACUGCAAGUGACAUGACUCUUGCAUUGAAUCGAUAUAUUUGCGGUUCGGUCUUGCCUCUGCUCACACGCUAUGCUCACUUCCUUGCCGUGAACGAAGUUACCGCGGGUUUGCUGGAAUCUACGCUUCACACUGCCUAUCGUCUGGCCACCUGCCGUUCGAUAACCAACAACCAACGGGACGUAGUUAGCGACUUUCUCGUUGCCUUGGUCGAACACAUUCAACCGUUUUCAAUGACCAGCCUUAUUCGCAAGAUCGCCAAGAAUAUGCGUACUGUCGGACGAGAGUCUGUGGUGUCCCUACGUGUGUUGACCACCUUCUAUCAACGCUUUGGAUCCUAUUAUAGUUCCGAGGGUUGGACUUCUGAAUACUCUAGCGGUGGAGGUGAAUCUGGAGGUGGUGGUGGCAGUAGUGGUACAACCACCGGUGGGGCCUCAAAAUCGGGUGGAGCGCAAAGAGUUACGGUAGCAGGUAGCGGUGCCAUGCGAGAUCUAAGUGACACCGCAUUUGUUCGAGCUACGGCCGCUGGAAUGACUACAACAGCAACAGAGGAGGAGAAGAACCUCACUGCUGAGCUUUUUAGUCUAAUUUUUAACAACCUGUCGUGCCGUCGCUAUGAUGCGGAGUUGUACGUCUACGCUUUGCCGUGUCUGACGGCAAUCGGUUGCGCGCUGCCUCCCGACUACUGUUCGUCGCAUUGGGAUGCGCAAUCGAGGAUCGGAGAUGAUACUGUGGGACUCGAUGCAGCUGGUAACUGCCUAGACUAUGCUUCACACAUUUGUCCAAUUACAGUCUCUGCUCACCCCGGUGGGCCAGAUAGUGCUGCAGACUUACGCGGGUCUAACCAACAACAUGAAAGCUUCAGGCCUACCCCUCUUGUAACAUCAUCUAUAAGAUCUGAUUUUCUACACUUUUUCGAGUUUCCACCAGAGAUUAAAAGUGGUAAAGUAAAUUCACCGCCCUGUGGAUUUAUGCCAUCUGACCGAUAUUAUGCAGACACUUCUUAUGAUGUCGGUUGGGUGCAUUUACAGAUUAAACUGCCGGCAGCACUGAGUAUUCUGGUUGACCAAUUCGCCAAGCACUGCCAUGACUCUUGGGCGCAGGAAUUGGUGGAUCAGGGCUAUGUCUACGGACUGACACUGGACGAAGCGCGGCGCACCCACCCCAACAUACGAUCUUAUCACUCCCUAUCUCAACGGGAUCAAAUGCGGUAUAUUCAACCAGUGACGGAGACUCUGCGGGCGAUGCUUGCUUUGGGUUGGACCAUCGAUCCUUCGGGCGUAUGUCACGAAGACGAUGGGACCGGAUUAGGUCUUCGCCGAAGGCAGUUCAUCCACAGUCAAACUGAAAGCCCACAGGGAUACAUUCCGGCUCCAAAAGAUCUUCACGGGGUUAAUGUGACUCGAGAAUUAAUCGACUUGGCAGAACGAUUGGCUGAUAAUGCUCACCAGAUCUGGGCGAAGCAGAAAAUGGAAGAACUUGAGGAAAUCGGUGGUGGUGUUCAUCAACUUUUGGUGCCAUACGACAUUCUGACUGAUCGUGAGCGCAAACGCUAUCGUCGCCUAACUCAUGAGUUGAUUCGAUACUUACAGUACUGGGGUUAUCGUCUCUCCUGCAAACCAACCAAUCAGCAGGUCGAUACCACCAAAGCCGGGACUGCGGCCACACCAGCUAACGCCCCCUCAAAUGCAAUCAAACAAUACGCUGGCGAACGAGGUGAAGGUCAUCCUUCAAGCCGAUUUGCCUACGGUCUGUUAUCAAAGUUGUUGGAUUACGUGGAGGGCGCUAUGUCAACAGUUCGUGAAGACAAACCAAGUCGCAUGUUCAGUAGGCAUCAAAACCUUACCCAGACCAGCGAGGACAUGAAGCUUCUUGUGAAGGUGGUGCUGCCUCUCUUGGAGCGUUACUUCUAUACUCGGAAGUCCUACUUCAUCGACCCCUACUCGGGUGCUUCGAUUGAGGAGAAGAAAAUGGCCACAAUGCUCUUCACUAAACUUUUCACACUUUUGCGGCUAAAAACUCGCUGCUUCGGUGCUGACGUCAAUGUAACUGUCUCUUGUCUCAAAUGCCUCAUUGAAUGCCUCGAUAUCAAAGCCAUCGUGAAGAUUAGCUAUGCGGAGGAUUUUGUUCGAGUUCGUCUUAUGCCAUUCUUCUCUUUCUGCGCGGAUGACUUGAAUCUCAUCAUCCGAAACCUCAACUCCGGAAGGUAUUCUCACAUCAAGGGAACAAUUCGACGUGGAGCCUGUAGCAUCGACUACCUCCACAUGAUCCUCCUGCCGACAUUGAAGACGAUGUUUGAGCACAUUAGUAAGACAGGUGUGGGUGAGGAUCUACUUUUGGGGCAUCUACAGGUCACUUGUUAUCGCAUUCUUAAUGCCCUCUACGUGUUGGGAACCACUGGUCGAAAGCACUCCAAUAGACCUGAACUGAUGGAGGAGUUAAAUCGGCACCGACCAAUGCUGGGUGAGUGCCUGGCUGCGCUUACCACCUGCUUCCCCGUGGCUUUCCUUGAGCCCGAAUUGAGCGCUCACAAUCCAAGAUCAAUUGCCUACAACACAGAAGAGGCCGACUACUCCUUUGAAGCUAGAGACUUGCUUCAAAAGAUUAGUAAGACUUUGCCUUCUCUCCACAACAUCAUUGAUGACAUCGUCCACCUAGCUGAGGCUGGCUCUAGCGGUACGCAGGAGCCCCAUCUCAUUGAAGUUACACUUCCCAUGCUGUGUUCUUACCUGCCAGUCUGGUGGCGUAAAAACCUCGCUCAGCGACAAUAUGCGCGCCGUCGACCGGGCUCAAAGGCAGCCUCUUUCUUCCCCGACAAUGAGGAGUUUUUGGCUGCUUUGGAUGCUGAAGGAGAAGGACUGCUUGAACUUGGAAACACUGGCGGCGGUGGAGGUGACAGUGGCGACGGUGGUGGAGACAACGGUGAUGAUGACGACGAUGAAGAAAAGGGAUGGGGUGCUGCCACUGGUCCGAUCACCACAGUGACAGCAGAUCUGAUGAAUCGGGUUUUGGGAUCGGUGUUACAGCUUAUUCAAAAUAAUAUUGACAAUAGUAAUGCCCCAUGGAUGACGAGGAUCGCAACUCGAACACAACCAAUUGUUGGCAAUGCAACCGUCGACAUGCUUGGAAAGUACUUCCUGCCCGUCUCGGAGCGCCUUUUGGACCAAGCUUUUGAGGUACAAAGUUGGGAGAGACGUCUGGGUAACGAGACUGACAAGGAGGGCGAUUUGACAGCUGCCUGCGAGUUGCUGGUGCGCAACAUGUUUGCCCUGUAUCCCCUCCUCAUCACUUUUGUCGAUCGAUAUCGCACCGAGUGGCUCAAACAGCCAACCGUAGAGACGGACAGGCUCUUCAGCGCCGUUGCCAACCUCUUCCUCAUUUGGAAUGGGUCUCCCAACUUCAAACGGGAGGAAGAGACAUUCGUUGGAAUUCAUGAACUGGAUACUCUGGCACUAAUAAUGCCGACUGCGGAAAGAGGCACACUUUCUACAGACGUUGCUUCUCGUCCCCUCUCUCAUCAUCAUAUUAAGUCUGGAAAGGGACCGAAGAAGGGUUUCACGAGUCUAAUGGUCGCUUCAAUAAAGCGUCUCCUUCCGAUUGGUCUAUGCGUUCUCGGUGGCAGGCACCAGGAGCUAGUCCAAAGGGCUAAACGGAUGUUCCUCAAGCAUGAAGUUGAAGUCGACAUUAUCGAGUACCUUCGAUACGCUUUGGACAAAGACGACAAUUCGGAGACGAAGACAUAUAGAUGGCAGAAGCUCCUCUACCGGAAGAUAGAUCGAAUGAUUGCUCUGACCGGAUGUCAUGACGCCCUGGGUGAAUCCACGAAAGAGGAGAUUAUCAAUCGAAUCAUGACUUUGGCCAAGGUCAUGCAUGCCCUCUAUCUCGUCAGUCAUGUCGUCCCAACCAUUCUGAACCGAGGCGCCUGGAAGAAGCUCGUUUCAACGCAACGCAAGCGCGCAGUGAUGGCAUGUUUUCGAAUGCAGCCAUUUUACGCACUGCCACGUCAUCGUGCUAUAAAUCACUUCCUUAUGGCCUACCAUGACGGAUGGCUGAGUUACGAACAAUCACUAGGAGUUCAGUUGAUUGAAGAAAUUACAAGAGCCUCACCAGAGGAGAAAACCCUAUCUGGUGCUAACGCCCCAGUUCCUACUCCUAUCGCUGGAAUGGCCCCUUCAGGUCAUUCUGGUGAUACCGGAAGUGGUUCUACAGAUGCUUCGUCGCCGAAUUCUGGCACUGGUGGAGGUGGGGGUGGUGAUAAUGAGGGUAUGUCGAUUGUCGCAAGGGCUAUCAUAGAGACUUCAAUGUAUUCCGACUCCUCCGAUGAAGAUAACAUCUCCCUCUCGGGAGGAGGUGGAAGUGACGGCAGUGGUGCUGGUGGCGCAAGUGGGAGCGGUGCAAUUGUCGCAUCCUCCGCUGCCACAAAUAACGAACAGGCAGAGGACAGUUCAGCGCCUACAGAAGGGGGUGAGCAUUCGGUGUUUGCGACAGACUACUGUGCUACUCCCGAUCCUUUGCGUCAACUCCUGACAGCCCUCUGUCGAACUGCUAUGGAUCAGGCGCCUGACGAUCCGCUCUACCUGGCAUUCGCUCGCAUCAUGGCCAAAGUAUGUACUUCUUUGGUACUCUUUCCCUCACACAGUCACAUGCGUAACAGUAAGGAUGAAGAUGACGAAAUUGGUGGUGGCAAUGGUGGAAGUGGUGGCGACGACAACUCAGCAGAAGAGGAAGAAGAGGAGGGACCCACAUCUCAGGAACAAGAGGAGCAGAAGCAGCGUCUUCUCUUCGAACAAAAUCGCCUAUCUGAUCGUGGUGCAGCAGAAAUGGUUCUCCUUGAGCUUGCUGCCUCUAAAGGUGAAGCUACACCGGUUGCGACAGCCUCUGUGGAGUUGGGUAUAGCUAUUCUCCUGGAAGGGAACGUUUCAGUGCAGAAUCGAAUGCUUGCCUAUUUGGCGGAAAAGCGUCUCACAGGCUUCUUUACGAGCUUAGCUGGACUCAUGCAGAACUGCUCGGUGUUGGAUCUUGAUACUUUUGAGAGAUGUCGAAAAGCUGAAGGACUGGCGGUGGGUUUGUCAGACAUGGAGGGCAUCACGAAUCUCUACGAUGCGGACUUCACCUGCAAAAUAUUCCGACUUCUCCAACUCAUGUGCGAAGGACAUAACUCAGGUAAUCAUCGCUCAGGGUCCUGGAUACCAAUCGCCAUCACUAGAGAUCUUUCACUUUUUUGCUCAACAGCCUUUCAGGACUAUCUGCGAACCCAGUCGAGCAACACGACAUCAGUGAAUCUGAUCAUUUCUACGGUGGACUACCUGUUGCGCCUACAGGAGUCUAUCAUGGACUUCUACUGGCACUUCUCCAACAAGCCUGUUAUUGACGAAUCGGGCCGCACGAACUUCAUCAAGGCUAUCAAAAUCGGCAAGCAACUCUUCCGCACGCUCACUGAAUACAUUCAAGGUCCCUGUCAGGGCAAUCAGCACGCGUUAGCCAACAGUCGUUUGUGGGAUGCGAUAUCCGGAUUCUUCUACCUCUUCGCGCACAUGCAGGAUAAGUUGAGCAAGGAUCCUGAGCAGUUGGAUCUUUUGCACGAAUUUCUCAAUCUCCAGACCGAGAUGAUGAUCAUGCUACUGUCCAUGUUGGAAGGCAAUGUUGUGAACGGAUCGAUUGGACGACAAAUGGUUGAUACACUUGCAGAGUCCUCGGCAAAUGUUGAACUGACUUUGACCUUUUUCGACAUAUUCCUGAGAAUGAAGGAAAUCACAAAUUCCGAUGCCUUUUUGGCUUUUGACGUGAAUAAAGACGGGUGGAUUUCACAUCGAGAGUUUCGAACUGCCUUGGAGCAGCAAAAGUCGUUAAAUGAAGAAGAAAUAACUUACAUAAUGGGCUGCGUGGACGCCAAUUUGGAUGGUAAGAUUGACUUUCAGGAGUUCACAGAGCGCUUCUACAAUCCGGCACGUGAAAUCGGAUUUAACGUGGCACUGUUGCUGACAAACCUCUCUGAACAUAUUCCCGGUGAUAUACGUCUAGAACGACUUCUACAGAAGGCGAAAGGCAUGCUGGAGAUGUUUGAUCCCCUCUUGGGCCGAAUCGAAAUCACUAACAAGGAGGGUCGUAUUGAACGAGUCUACUUUGAAGUGCGGCAGGAGAACAUCGACCAGUGGGAGAAGCCUCAGAUCAAGGAGUCCAAGCGCACCUUCCUUCACUCGGUGGUGGGUGAAAGCGGUGACAAGGAGAAACUUGAAUGUUUUGUCAAUUUUGCCGAGGACACGAUCUUCGAGAUGCAACAUGCUCAGGGCAUCAGUGGUGAUGACGAAAACUUACAGAUCAGUCGGGUAAUAAAGCAAAGCCUUUUUAAGUUAUCGCCGGUCUCGUCCUCUGCCAUUCCUUUAACGACUAUGACGAGUGUUGUAGCUGUUCGCAACCUUCUCGAGGCUACUCGGCUCUCCUCCGUUUUUGCAUUCCUUGGCACCCUCAUUUCCUUUCUCAGUCCUCACCAUUUAUGGAAGUGUUGGUGUAGCCUUCGACAAAUGUCAUUCGUGGACGUCAUUACAGAUAUUCUAGGCCUCAUCAUCGGUCUUAUGAUCGGAGCUGUGCGUCUAAUUAAAGGAGUUCUUACCAUCAUGGGUCGUUUUGUGGUUGCAAUGACGUCAGAUCCAACUGAUAAAACCUCAGAAAUCCCGGUUUCCCCACCGCUGCCACCAACACAGUCAACGAGUUCGACAAUACCACUGAAUGUCAAGCGGAACCAAACGGCGAUGCUGUUUAACACGAUGCGAACAGGUGGAGGCAAACUAGAGGUAACGUUGAAUGAAGACGAUGCAAAGCCACCUGACCUUGGAACCGCCAAUAAAGAGGAGAAGAAACCCACCGAUCUUGCUAACAUUCUUCAGGAAAAGGAAUGCUGGCUUUUGUCAGAGGAGGAACAGCUGUUACUGGAACGAGUGGACUCCUCAAAAGUAGAGGCCUUUACAGGAACCACAGUACAGAAACCACCUCCGCCUACCAACACUCGCCCGGAACCAACUCCACCCAAUAAGAAGGCGCAGAACAUCAGACCAAGUCCCCAAACACUGGAUCGGGAAACCCCGGAGGAGCCUACGGUCGUGGAACAGAAGCCCAUACCAACCUCUACCUUCCUAAUCUCGAUUUUUGCGCGCAACUUUUAUCGGUUCAAAUUGGGUGCUCUAAUUCUCGCCUUCAUGAUCAACUUCCUUCUCCUCUUCUACAGGAUUGAAAGGCGAGGCGUUGGUGGGGAAGGAGGGGGUGAAGAGGAAACAUUUGGUGCCUCGUUUGUCACAACAAUCACUGACACCGUCUCCAAUAUAGCGGACUCUCUCCAGGACACAGAAGUCGAUGUAGGGAUGGAGGGAGAAGAGGAGUGGAUUACGUUAGCUGAAUCGGCCUCGUAUUUAGGUCCAUUGCUCAAGAUACUCGCUAUUGCCCACUCGAUCCUCUCUAUGAGCAUGCUUGUCGCUUACUAUUUUUUGAAGGUUCCCCUCGUUAUAUUCAAACGGGAGAAGGAAAUAUCUCGAAUGCUUGAAUUCGAGGGCAUUUGGAUAGCCGAACAACCCUCUGAUGAGCGGCUAAGAGCUCAAUGGGAUAAAUUGGUUCUUUCCACUCCCAGCUUUCCCCAUAUGUACUGGGAUAAGUUCGUCAAGAAGAAAGUCCUGAAAAAGUAUAGGGAACAGUACGACCAGCAGCAAAUAAAACGGCUUCUUGGAAUGAAGGAUGGUGGUACCAACGGGGGCAGCAGUGGCAUUACUGCAGGGGGACGUCCUGAGGAGGUCUCAACCACUUGGUUCUAUCCAACAUGGCUUCAGGAGAUGGAUCUGCAAUACUUGCUUUGGAAGUGGGGAGUCAUCUUCACAGAUAAUUCGUUCCUUUACCUUGUGGUCUACUUCAUUGUUUCUCUGCUGGGAAAUGCAAAUUACUUCUUCUUCUCAUGCCACCUGCUAGACGUUGCCAUCUCCUUCAAAACACUGGCUACCAUUGUACAAUCAGUUACACACAAUGGAAAACAGCUUGUGUUGACGGUCAUGUUGACUUCAAUUGUGAUCUACCUUUACACUGUUAUCGCUUUCAACUUCUUCCGCAAAUUCUACACAAAAGAAGAAGAUGGGGAGAAGGAAUACAAGUGCAAUGACAUGUUGACUGUGAGUGAUUUCACUAUCAUCUCCCUCCACGAAACAAAUGAUAUUGACGCCUUCUCUCCUCUUGCUCUCCAGUGCUUUGUCUUUCAUCUCCACACGGGUCUACGAGCAGGUGGUGGAAUUGGAGAUGAAAUUGAACCACCGGAUGGAGAUGCACACGAAGCACUGCGGAUCCUCUUUGACAUGUCGUUCUUCUUCGUUGUCAUCAUCAUCCUCCUUGCCAUUAUUCAAGGUCUGAUCAUCGACGCUUUUGGUGACCUGAGGGAUCAAUUAGAGCAGGUGCGAGAGGAUUUGGAAUCCAAGUGCUUUAUCUGUGGCAUUGGAAAGGAGUACUUCGAUGCCACCCCACAUGGGUUUGAUCGGCACGUGGAACGAGAACACAACUUCGCCAACUACAUGUACUUCCUCAUGCACAUCAUCAACAAACCCGACACCGAAUUCACCGGUCAGGAGACUUACGUGUGGGAGCUCUAUCAACAGCGUUGUCUGGACUUCUUCCCUAUUGGCAACUGUUUCCGCAAGCAGUAUGAAGAAGAGUUGCAAGCGAAGUAA